AUGAUCACUGUCUCUCAGGCCAGGAUGAUCACUGUCUCUCAGGGCCAGGAUGAUCACUCAGGCCAGAUGAUCACUGUCCCUCAGGGCCAGGAUGAUCACUGUCUCUCAGAGCCACCACAGAGCCACCACAGUGCCGUUACAGAGCCACCACAGAGCCUACAGUGCCGUUACAGAGCCACCACAGUGCCACACAGAGCCACCACAGAGCCACCACAGUGCCGCCACAGUGCCGUCACAAAGCACCACAGAGCCACCACAGAGCCACCACAGUGCCACCACAGUGCCACAGACCACCACAGAGCCACCACAGAGCCGCCACAGACCACCACAGUGCCGUUACAAACCACCACAGUGCCGCCACAGAGCCACCACAGAGCCACCACAGAGCACCCACAGUGCCGUUACAGAGCCACCACAGAGCCACCACAGUGCCGUUACAGAGCCACCACAGUGCCACCACAGAGCCACCACAGAGCCACCACAGUGCCGCCACAGUUACUGCCACAGAGCCACCACAGUGUUCACAAAACCACACCACAGAGCCACCACAGUGCCGCACAGAGCCACCACAGUGCCGUCACAAAGCCACCACAGAGCCACCACAGUGCCACAGUGCCGCCACAGAGCACCAGUGCCGUCACAGAGCCACCACAGUGCCGUCACAAAGCCACCACAGAGCCACCACAGUGCCACCACAGUGCAGAGCCACCACAGAGCCACCACAGUGCCGUCACAGAGCCACCACAGAGCCACCACAGAGCCACCACAGGACCUACAGAGCCACCACAGAGCCAGGUAUGUGUGUGGGCGUAA